UGGAGGGAGGCAGACCGAGGGGAAGCAUGAAGAACAUCCCCGGUAUCUGAGCUGACAGACGGGGAGAGCAUCUCGUCCUCUCUCGCUCGUUCAGGGGCCGACUGGAGGCGGCGGGAGGCUGCGGACAGGAUGGAGGAGAAGAAUCCGUUUCUUUGCGGGGUGGUGGAAGGAUUCUACGGGAGGCCUUGGUCUAUGGAUCAGAGGAAAGUUCUCUUCCAGUGGAUGCAACACUGGGGGCUGAACACCUACCUGUAUGGUCCGAAAGAUGACCUUAAACACAGACUGUUGUGGAGAGAAGUCUACUCCCCUGAGGAGGAGGGUCAGUUGCGUACUCUCAUAGUGGAGGCCGAGUCGAGAGGCCUGAGGUUCGUUUACGCCCUCUCUCCUGGUCAGGACAUCGUCUUUUCUUCUUCCUGUGACAUGACACUGCUCAAACGCAAGUUGAGACAGGUAUCAGACCUGGGUUGCCAGGCCUUUGCCAUUCUGUUUGAUGACAUCGAUCACUCCAUGUGUCAGGCUGACAGCGAGGCCUUCUCUUCAUUCGCCAAUGCUCAGGUCAAUGUAACCAAUGAGAUGUACCGGUUCCUGGGGGAACCACCCGUCUUCCUCUUUUGCCCAACGGAAUACUGUGGUUCUCUGUGUUCUCCCAGUGUAUCUAAGUCUCCCUACCUGCAGACUGUUGGAGAGGACCUACUGCCCAACAUAACAGUGAUAUGGACAGGAAGUAAGGUUAUUUCUAGGAAACUGUCAGUAGACUGCCUGGCAGAGGUGGAGUCUGUCCUGCAGCGUCCCCCGCUCAUCUGGGACAACCUACAUGCAAAUGACUACGACUCCAGACGUCUCUUCCUGGGGCCUUUCAAGGGUCGGGAGACCCGGUUGAGGAGCCACCUAAGGGGCCUGUUGCUGAACCCGAACUGCGAGUUUGAGGCCAACUAUAUCCCACUGCAUACGCUGGGGAGCUGGUACAGAGCUGGGGAAGAGGAGAGGAAAGAUGAAGAGUGUGAGUAUUGUCCUGAUAGAGCUCUGUCUGCUGCACUACAUGAUUGGAUGUUGGAACUCAACCAGCCACUGCAAGCAGGUCGUCAGUGCUCACGAUCAGACCAGGGUUCCUCUACUCCAACGUUUCGCUGCAAAACUCCUGACAGAUCUGAAGGCCCCUCUGGAUUGAGAGGUACCUCUGCUGUGGCCAAACUCCCCGUCUUCCCCCUGAACUCCGGCUCACCGCCAACAUCACCCACUAAGGUUAAGGGGGAGGGGGAUAGGGAGGGGCAAGACGCGGAGAAGCAGAGAGCAAACCAGACUUGUCAACCCAAUCACCAGCCUCCAGGAUCCAGACCUGGUGCACCCUCAGGGGGAAGCCGAGGACAGAAGGCCCAGGGAAGGGGGCUCUGUGUUGGGAAGGGCCUGCUAAGUGAAUCCGAGGUGCGGCUGCUGGUUGGUCUUCACUAUCUCCCCCACGAACAUGGACCAUCUGCCCAGAAACUGCUACAGGAUCUGACCUGGCUUAAAUCAAACUGUCACCUGGUCAGCUCUAACGGCAAAAAGGCCCCUCAGAAGGUUGACGAGUGGCGUGGUCGGGCCUCUAGGUUCCUGUCUCUGUGUGAAGACAUCGCUCAGCUCCACUGCAGCGUGGUGGGCGGGGCCAACAGGGCUGUGCUCUACGACCUUUACCCUUAUGUGUGGGAUCUGAGGAACACGGCCCUGGUGGCAAAGGCCUUCAUAUGCUGGCUAGAUGGGCGAGUGUUGAGUGACAGCUCCACCCUGGGCUCCUGGAGAAACUGCUUCCACUGGUGUGGGGAGACCAAUGGGGCGGACCUACUGGGAGUGGAGUCAGAGCCGUGGGCGUUCAAAGGGGGCGUGUCUGGGGAGGUACAGAUGCUUCUCCCAAUAGGAAGCUGCAGUGAACUUUUCAGUCAUCCUCCUCCUCUCUUCCCUACCUCUCGUCUCUAUAACGUCAGGCCCUACCACAGCAAGGACAAGGUGGAGUUGUAUCGGAUGGUCCGGCAGCUUCACCUGAGGACUCAGGGUGGCCCAGAGUCUAGUUGUGCUCACCCAGAUGUCAUAGGAGACAGAUGUCUUGGACCUUGCCUGGCACUUUGCCCCGAGUACAGCUUCAUCCUGGAGGAUGAGCUGGGUGUGUGUGGCUGCGUGUUGGGUAUCCAAGAUGUCCGCUCCUUUGCUAAGCGCUGCCAAGCCAGCUGGAUGCCUGCCAUGAGGGACAAAUACCCACAUAAAGGAGGCAACACACACCCCAACGCGCAGGACCUGAUCCAGCUGAUGGAGGAGGACCAGGGCGAGUACCCAGACUCGCUCCUCUAUCAUUUCCCUUCCCAGCUGCGCCUGGACGCCCUGCCUGAGCUGGUGGACAUCAGCGUCAGCCGCACGCUGCUCACUGCCCUGCUCACUGCCCUCAAGGCAAACGGUUCUCAGGGUGUGUUCUGUGAAGUGCAACCGACGGACCGUCAGAGGCUGGAGUUCUUGACCAAACUGGGCUUCCUGGAGAUCCUCAGAGGAGAAGCCAGGAGCCGAGAGGGAGUGGUGCUGGGGAGGCUGCUCUGAACAUAGAACACGCACACUAAAACACACAAGGUCACACACACAUACACAACAACACACACACAUGAAGGCACUUGCAACCAGAUGCAGUUACAGACACGAAAGAAGUUUUCAUUUAGUUUUCUUCAUCAAGAGAGAAAACCUUUCUGGGAUGGUGCUGGAUUUCUUAGAUUCUGAGUGGCAGUAAUGAGGAUGAACCCACAUAUUUCUGAGGGAUUUACAAAAUAUGAAAUAAGCCUUGAAUGUAAACCUUCAGCAGAUCUGUGCUAAUCUGUCUGGGAUUCUUCCCCUGGCUGAGGAUUGUGAGGUGUGGU